AUGCAGCAGCAGCCUCAUCACGCCCAACAACCACAGCAACUAUUUAUGCAGCAACCUAGUCCACCUCAGCAAGUUUACGUUCACGUGGGUAAUGUCGACGAUUACAACCAACCAGUUGCCGAUAAUGACGAUGCUUCGUUUGCAUUUUUCAAGCCGCAAGCCAUGCCGGCCAUGGUGGUCGUUCCAGGUGGCGGUGGCAACAGGAAUGCGAAGAACCUACCCAUGGACUCAGAUGGUCGCGAAUGGAGCCACGGGUUAUGUGACUGUUGCUCUGACGUCGGUACAUGUCUCAUCGCGACGUUCUUCCCCUGCAUCGUUUACGCUCAAAAUAAACGAAGGUACGAACAUCUUAACAGAGGCCAGCCGGAUCCCGAGCGGGGUGGUUCUGGGUUCAACGGUGACUGCUUGAUGCACGGCUGUAUCACAUGUUGCUUUGGUAUAGGUUGUGUCCUCCAGAUUCCACUUCGCGGCCAUCUUCGCAGUAGGUACCACAUUAAAGGUGGCGGCUGUGGAGAUUGCAUGGUCUCCUGGUGCUGCACACCUUGUGGACUUACUCAGGAGGCCAGGGAACUGGAGUUGGAAGAAGCCAGCAUGGGAAUAUAA